UAGCGGAGCUCCGAACCCGCAUAUCCACGCGUCAGUCAUCUAUAGGAAAGCGGCUCAAAUGAAAAAAGGGCGUGGUCUCAUUGGUCCACGUGGUGACUCAGCACCAACAAGCUGCUGGUUUUCACGCCGGAAAGUCACCGCCUCUCUCUCUUCUUCUUAUAACCCAGAAGAAGAACCCCUUUCCUCAAAUAGAUCCCUCACACUCUCUCCCUUUCCUCUUCUAUCGAUUUCUCUUCCGAUUCCAACAAUCUCCCCGUCCGUCUCUCUCCGCCGUCCGGCCGCCGCCGUGUGCUGUCAGAGUAAACCUUCCUACAUCCUUCCCUCUCUCUCUCUCUCUCUCUCUCUCUCUCUCUCAUUUCAUACUAUUUUAUCUUCUUCCUUCUUUUCUGUCGCUUUACUUAUUGUUCUUGAUUUGGUAUCUGAUGUCCGAGUUCCUUCCUUCCAUUCUUAGCAGGAGUCGGUUUCUCGAUUCUGUGUGGUUGCUGAGAAAACGAGAGAGAGAGAAGGAAGAGCAAUGGGGAGAGGCAAAAUAGUGAUAAGGAGGAUAGACAAUUCGACGAGCAGGCAAGUGACCUUCUCGAAGCGGAGGAAUGGACUUCUGAAGAAAGCAAAGGAGUUGGCGAUCCUCUGCGACGCCGAAGUCGGAGUCAUGAUCUUCUCCAGCACGGGGAAGCUCUACGAUUUCGCCAGCUCCAGCAUGAAAUCUGUAAUUGAAAGAUACAACAAGACGAAAGAGGAGCAUAACCAAAUGGGGAAUCCCACUUCUGAAGUGAAGUUCUGGCAAAGAGAGGCAGCAAUGUUAAGGCAACAGCUACAGAGCUUGCAAGAAAACCAUAGGCAAAUGAUGGGUGAGGAGCUUUCAGGCUUGAGUAUAAAGGAUUUACAGAAUUUAGAAAACCAAUUGGAGAUGAGUCUAAGAGGUGUUCGGAUGAAAAAGGACCAAAUUCUAAUGGACGAAGUACAAGAAUUAAACAGAAAGGGUAGCCUCAUUCACCACGAAAAUGUGGAGCUCUAUAAGAAGGUAAACGUACUACGGAAAGAAAACAUGGAAUUACAAAAAAAGGUUUAUGGGACGAGAGACGCGAAUGGAUCGAACAGAAACUCACUUCUCAUCAAUGGUCUGACCAUCCAAGAUGAUUCCCAUGUCCCUGUACAUCUCCAGCUUAGCCAGCCCCAGGACGAAGAUCGCGAAAUUACACCACCGAGACCCACGAAACUAGGGCUACAGCUGCAUUAGCACAAAAGAGGUUGCAGCUAAUUGGAGUGAAUGCUAAGUUGCACAGUGGCUCAUGUAUUACUAACCAGAGUCUCGAGCGCAGUGGUACCUGAGCUGCUGUCCAUUGGAAAGCCAGGAUUUUUUAUUUUAUUUCCAGGACAAUUUCAGAAAGAAAAAUCAUAAUUAGUUCAUUACCGUGAGUGUGAGGAUCAAGGGACACUCGCCACUUAUAUUAUGACAAUGGGUAAAUUGUAAUAAAGAGAUAAUGGCGUU